AUGGCACCUUGUCAGCAAAUCAAGACAACAGCGACCGAUCUUCUCAAAGUCCGGCAACCGACCCUGCUGACUGGAAUGAAUGUUGCAGCCAGUCCCAAACUUGCAGCCGCUGUCACCAAUGCCGGUGGACUUGGUGUCAUUGGUGCGCUAGGAAAACGAAGGAAGAACCAGUCCGUGUGUGUCACGGUCUUGAGACGGAAGCUGAUCUUGUGCAGCAAGGACUACACGAAAGGCAAGCUCAAGGAGAUGAUUGACAUCAUCAUCGAGACCGGGACAAAGCUCUUUGGUAGAAAACCAUAUCUCGUGCGCAACAUCCAUUUCUGA